UUCUAUUCUAAAACUCUUCGAAGUAUCUUCCUUCCAAAACCUAAACAACAAUUUAAAAAUGAAAUUCUUUUUGGCUAUUGCUUUUGUUACUAUUGUUGUAGCUGUUAAUGCUGCCAAUAUUAAUAUCCCAGAUGCUCAUAAGGAAAAGGCAAUGCAAAUUGUUGCCGAAUGCCAAAAGGAAAUGGACAUUUCUCCUGAAACACUCGCAAAGAUUAAGGCUGGCGAAGCAUUUGAUGCUGAUGAGAAGACCAAAUGCUUUGCCAAUUGCUUCCAAGAGAAGGCUGGUAUUUUGAAGGAUGGUGUCUUCCAAGAGGAAGCUGUAGUGACUAAAUUCUCAGAAACUAUUGGAGCUGAUAAGACCAAGGCUAUUGUUGAAGCUUGUCGUGGUGAAGCAACGGGUAAAGACAAUUGUGAAAAGGCAUACAAUCUUCAUGCAUGCUUUAAGAAAAAUAAUGCCUAUUAAAAUGUGAUUUUGUGUAUUUUGUUUGCAUCAAUUAAAAGAAAAGCAAAUAUUUUUUUAUUUUAAA